UUCGAUUUUCACAGAUUUGAAAAUAAUUCCAAUGCACCAUACUGUUUUUUCUUUUCUGAAAUAUAUAAUACAUAGCAAUCAUUACAUACAUGGAAACUGAUUACGAAAGCGUGCUGUUGGUUGUCCGAGAAUGUUUUGUUUAUCGAAUUCCACCUAGAACAGCAGCAAGAGGUUACAGGGCAGCGGAAUGGGAUGAUCUGGGAAGCUCCUUUUUGUGGAAAGGACGAUUGCGUGUCAUAAGUAAAGGCAAAUCUUGUUCCAUCCGACUAGAGGACGGUGAGACAGGUGAACUGUUUGCUGUAUGCCCCUAUGAGAUCCAAGGAAAUUCCGUGGAAGGCGUUUUAGAUUCAAGCCGUUAUUUUGUUCUGAAAAUUGAACAUGAAGGACGGCAUGCUUUUAUCGGGAUGGGAUUCCAGGAACGAAGCGAUGCGUUUGAUUUCAAUGUUGCAUUACAAGACUUUGCAAAACAACUUCGUGCGGAAGAAGCGGCCGAAAACCGUGCUGUUCACGGUAGUGAUGCACCAAAGCAAGAUUACAGUCUAAAAGAAGGACAGACGAUCAAUAUUACGAUUGGCAACGUUGGGGGCAAACGAUCGCGUCCACGGCCUGCCGCAAAUGCAUCCAAUAGCAAUACAGGAUUCGUACCACUCAUUCCCCCUCCCCCUUCUGCACAGCAAGUGAAGCAACAGCAGCAGCAGCAACGACAGCAUCCAUUCUAGACCCCAUUCUCUGUCAAGGAGAAAGUAGGUUUCUCUAUUUGGAAAGAAAGUCAAUUAUAAUCUUGAUCGUCAUAUUUUUUUUUUGUUUGAACAUCGAAAAGAGAAAAAUAGAAAAAUUUUUGUUGGUCUAUGAAGGACAUCCAAAAUUAUCGAUAUGAUACGAACCCAUGGGUGGCUCAAAAUCAUUUUGAGCAAUUAUUGAAUGUUUCACAUGUGCACUUCAGAAACAAAAUUUUGUGGAUCGUCAGUGGAGAAGCGAUCGCCGCAUAAAGUUGUGUGUGAAACUUCCGCUUUACCCGGGAACGCCCAGCAAUCAUCUGGAUCUAUUUUUAGGCGAUCCUUCUUCUUUGAGGGGAGAACACCGC